AACACUCCAGGCCCCGCCCCCUGCCUGGCCCCCGGCCCGCUGCAUCUCGCGGGAUCUCGCGGGUACGGCCGGGUCAGGUGCAGUCAUGGAGGCGGAGGAGGCGGAUGUGGAUGUGGAGGGAGAUGUGGUGGCGUCUGCACAGCCAGGAAAUGAUGAAAGUACAGCAUCAGUUUUUCAAGAUCACUAUCUUGAUUCAACAUGGCGGAGGGAGAAUGGCUGUCUUCCUUGGACUCUGGAUAGCACCAUCAGUGAUGAGAACAGAGCUGUCAUUGAGAAAAUGCUGUUGGAAGAAGAGUAUUAUUUGUCCAAUAAAUCCCUUCCAGGAAAAUUCUGGGUUAAUCAAAAGGAAGGUGAUAAAAAAUACACCAACAGCCUGCAGAAAACAGCAAAAGUCAUGGUACAUUCUCCUACAAAACCAGCCAGUUAUUCAGUAAAGUGGACGAUAGAAGAAAAAGAACUGUUUGAACAAGGACUGGCUAAAUUUGGCCGAAGGUGGACCAAAAUCGCAACACUAGUUGAAAGUCGCACAGUUUUACAAGUGAAGAGUUAUGCCAGACAAUACUUUAAAAAUAAGGUAAAGUGGGGUGUGCAGAAAGAAAUACCAACUCAGAAGAGCAGCAGUGAUCUCCAGGUUAAAAGCAAAGAUGAAAGGGCAAAGGUUUGGGCGGCAUCAUGCUUAAGGGGGCGUGCUGACCCUAACUUGAAUGCUGUAAAAAUUGAAAAGUUAUCUGAUGAUGAAGACGUAGACAUCACAGAUGAACUGGACGAGUUGACUUCUCAAUCACCACAAAAGGAUCCUGGCAGCCAUCUUACUUUAGACAUUCCCAAUAGUAAACCUUGUAAAGCCAACCAGGGAGAACUCAUAUGCUCAGAAGGCAUGCUAGCUAAAUCUUCCGGGGAAUAUCUUCAGAACAUGGAGCAGAGUGAAGCAGAAGCAUGCUCAAGCUUGGAAAUUACAUCAGGGGCUAUACAACAGAGCAAUAAUGGCAAAAACUCUAUCGAACUUAGUGAGAAGUCCAAUAAACUGGUUGAAGAAUCCAAUGUGCAAGCUGGAAAAGAAGUCACAGAUAAAGCGAAGUGCUCACCUUCUGCAGAGUCCUGUGAGAGUCAGCAGGAUUCAAGUGGAAGAGAAAGGCUUUUGCCCCCUUUCCAGACGGUGGAGGAAAACCAUGAGGGAGAAGAGCUUAAGCCCCCAGAGCAAGAAGUGGAGAUGGACAGAAAUACCAUUCAAGAAGAAGAAAAGCAAGCAAUUCCUGAGUUUUUUGAGGGACGUCAAACUAAAACGCCAGAACGCUAUUUGAAAAUUAGAAAUUACAUUUUGGAUCAGUGGGAAAUAUGCAAACCGAAAUACUUAAAUAAGACCUCAGUACGUCCUGGCCUGAAGAACUGUGGGGAUGUUAAUUGUAUUGGACGGAUUCAUACAUACCUCGAGUUGAUAGGAGCAAUCAAUUUUGGAUGUGAGCAGGCAAUAUAUAACAGGCCACAGCCAGUUGAUAAAGUACGAAUGAGUGACAGAAAAGAUGCAGAAGCAGCAUACCAGCUUGUUUGGCGCCUACAGUCUAUGCGUACAAGGAGACGUAGGGUCCGAGACCCAUGGGGAAACUGGUGCGAUGCAAAAGACUUAGAAGGGCAAACAUUUGAGCAUCUGUCUGCAGAGGAAUUGGCAAAAAGAAGAGAAGAGGAAAAGUGUAAACCUAUUAAAUCUUCAAAAGUUUCAAAAUUAACAAAAAGCUCACUUGAUCCCUUCCAACUGAUACCUUGUAAUUUUUUCAGUGAAGAAAAGCAGGAGCCAUUUCAGGUGAAAGUAGCUUCAGAAGCGCUUUUAAUAAUGGAUUUGCAUGCUCAUGUGUCGAUGGCAGAAGUGAUUGGGCUAUUAGGAGGAAGAUACUCAGAGUCUGAGAAGACUCUUGAAGUCUGUGCAGCAGAACCAUGUAACAGUCUGAGUACAGGACUGCAGUGUGAGAUGGAUCCUGUAUCACAGACGCAGGCCUCAGAAACCUUGGCUCUUAGAGGCUACAGUGUUAUUGGGUGGUACCAUUCUCAUCCUGCGUUUGAUCCUAAUCCAUCUUUACGAGAUAUUGACACACAAGCCAAAUACCAGACUUACUUCUCUAGAGGAGGAGCAAAGUUCAUUGGAAUGAUUGUUAGUCCAUAUAAUCGAAGUAAUCCUUUACCAUAUUCCCAGAUUACCUGCUUGGUUAUAAGUGAAGAAGUUAGCCCCGAUGGUACCUACCGUUUACCUUACAAAUUUGAAGUACAACAGAUGUUAGAAGAACCUCAGUGGGAAUUAGUAUUUGAAAAGACAAGAUGGAUAAUUGAAAAAUACAGGUUUUCUCAUAGCAGUAUCCCCAUGGAUAGAAUCUUUCGCCGGGAUUCAGACCUAACUUGUUUGCAGAAACUUUUGGAGUGUCUAAGGAAAACACUAAGCAAAAUAGCCAAUUGCUUCAUCGCUGAGGAAUUCUUGACUCAAAUAGAAAAUUUGUUCCUUUCCGAUUACAAAAGCAAGGAAGAAAAUGGACUGGCCGAAGAAAACAGUACAAAGGAGUUGUUCAUGUAAUUAUUUAAAAUGUCUACGUGCUUUGGCAACUGCAGAUGGCCCCAAUGCUGACCUUGCCAACCUUGGCUUAGAGCCAAGGCCUUAAAGAAGCACAGAUGAGUCUGGAACCAAGGGGCAGGCUCCUAAAGAACAGUGUUUGCAGAAGUGGAGGACCGCAGACACCUGAGACCCGUCAGCCCUGUCCUUUUGGAGGACAUAACUGUAAAAUAAUGAUCUUAAAUUUGUUUCUUGUUCUGACUUGGGUAAGUUAAACUAAUAAUAGCACUUCUCCUUCAAAAAUAAAACUCAAGAAAACAAAAUCAGUGAAACAAGACCAGCAAGGUAAAAUUCCUUGGCCAUCAUUUACCCUCGAACCCUUCUUCUCCAGUCCUUUUUAGUGGCCUGAAGCUCCCAUUUCUAGAGUUGGUUUGACCCUGUGCCCACAGCUCAUGAGGUUUUUAGGCCCCAAGCACUUUGGCCCACUUGGGCCCCUUCCAUACAAAAUUUAAAUGUAUGUUUAAUAAUUGUGUUUGUAUAAAAUGACAGUAUUCAUAUUUUGGAUUAAAAUAUUCCUUUAAUCUAAAACUUGGAUUAUUUUUACUAAUAAAAUUAAGUAAAAUGCUA